AUGUCGGGUCUCGGCAUCUCUUUUGAUGCACCUUUGAUGGCACAGAGGUCGCACCAACAGCAUCACCGCGCCCCGACGCGACCUCAAUCUUCGUACGCUUCUCUCUCAUCGGCAGCAAGCAGCAGCGGCAGCGAUGCGGGCAUACCUCGUCGUCCGGCCAGCAGCGUGGAUCGACGCGUACGCAUCGCCAGUGGGCUUCCCAACAUCAUGGGUGCUACCCCACAAUCCAGCCAGGCAAGCCCAGAUUCUGCUCUCGACUCCGCAAGCUCAAUUUCGGUAUCCAGCACUCGCAGCAGCGGCUAUGGCUCCGACCGUGGUGGGGGGCGCACCGAGAGGCUGAGUGCCGCGGUCGCGAAGCUCAAUGCAGAGCAGGAUCAAGAUGACGAUAUCUUGACACCAGCAUCCUCAUACACCUCUUCGGUACAAGACGGUGCAAGCGAGGCAAGCUCAGCCAGGUCUAGCGCCGCUCGUCGGGCCCAAACUAUCCGCAAGCAAGCCAGUCAACCAAUACUAAGUCGCAGCAGCACCAUACGCUUUCCGCAAACGAUCCAGCUGAACGCUCAAACUCAAGCGAUGGGUCGCAGUCGCUCGCAGAUGUCUCUGAACUCAGCGUACUCCGGCGGAGCUGCACAGCUGGGACGCACCACGGAGAUCGGUCGUGGCAGCCAACGCGGACCACGAGUGCGUGCUCGAACUUUAGAAUCGGCCAAGAGCGCAAAGGAACCACGCAUGGUCCCUGACGGUUUUGGUGGAUGGGCGCCAGCCGAUCAGGCCGACGAACAAAUGAACAAAGCGAGCGCUGAAAGACCAGAGGCGAACGAGGUCCCCGCUUUUGACGGCCCAGCUCUGCGCGCUGAUACGGCCCAGCAGCAGUCCGCUUUAAUGACAUCGGACAACCACGGCACCCAGAAUGUACCGGGUGCUAUGCCCCGCGGGCCUCCGCAGCGUCCCGAGGGUCAUCAGAGACGACCCGCGACUGCUCAGGCCAGAUUUCGUGUCGGAAGCUUCUACGGCGCGAAUGGCGAGGUGACCGCUUCGCUUGACUCUGAAGGCAGGCUUGCUCGACCAAGCCCACCAGCAUCGGAAACUCAACAAAGCUCAAUACACAGCCACAGACGUAGUCAGAGUGGCGGUCCUCGUGCCCAACACAUGUUCUCGCCGCCUGGCUCCACGUCGAAAGAGGUCAGCAAUCUUCAUGGAGCUGAGAACGUUGUGCGCAUGCGAAGCCUGCGUGGCUUCAACGGUCUUGAGGGUGCGGAGCGAGGUCAGUCCAUGGUCAGUUUGGAUUCACUUCAUUCUAGCUAUCAAAUGGGCGAGCACAUCGUUCCCGGUCGAGUGAAGAACUCUGAUCAAGAGAGUAUACUUAGCUCGGCUAGACCGUCUGAGAGCGAUGAAUUCUCCGGCUGCGCUUCGGGCACAGAAGUUGGUCCUGGUGACAGCAUCAGCAACGUCGGCGGAAAGUCUGUCGCUGGCGGGACGCCGCAGGGCUCCGGUGCCGCCCAACAGCGCAACAGAGUCGCGGCUGCUAGCGCUGCAUCGUCACGUCCCCGAAGCCAAAGCAUGUCGGCGGCUGCUAGCAAUGUCUCUGGGCUGGAGCGACAUCCUACACUGCUGAGCCAGGCAGGCAACACGGCCCGACGCUCGCGGGACUUGAGCCGCCUUCUGGACCCGGCCGCCACCAAAGCUGGCAAGCCUGUACCCACCUCAGGCGUUGCUCUGGGCUCUUCGGUUGGAAGCGCUGCCGCCUCUUCUGAGGUUUCCAGCAACCCCUCCGAUCGCCUCAGCGAUGCGCAAGCCGCUGCGCUACCACCUGCAGUCCUCGAGCAGGGUCGCUCUGGAAAAGCUCGCGUGGAUGUGGACGUCGUGCUCGAGAGCGAUUUGAUCGUCGAGGGCGGCAUGUUGCGCGGAAGACUGGAAAUCAAGCUGCGCAAACCGACAGACAAGAAGGCAGCAGCGCUGAUGCUUGCGCAGCCGAAAAUCCGCAUCGUUGGCUUUGAAGAGCUGCUCAAUGACGACACCCGCCACAUCUUCUACCACCACGCUACGGCCAUCGACGGCGAUCGAUCUGACGGCGGUCCUUCGGAGCCGUACGUGCUGCACGGCAGCCCCGACCUGUGCUCUCCGCAAGCUGAAGGCAGAGCUCCGCUCCCGUGUUUCGCAUCUGCACCUGACUCGGAAGGCUACUAUAUUGGUGCAGAAGGCAACCACUCCAUUCCGUUUACGCUCGAGAUGCCGGUCGGAAAGGGCGCAAAAGGUGCUUUCCGUGGCAAGCACGCCGUUGUUCGCUACAUCGUCAUUGGGUGAGUGGCUCAGUGACAACAGACAUAGAACGUUGAUUCUGACCCUCGAAUUUCGACCCUACCUCAACAGCUCCGUCAAGCUCAAGGAUGCUGAUGGUUCCAACAGGUCCAUUGCUCAUUUCUACCGCCACGUCGAAUUGUUCCCCUAUUUGAACCCUGCCGUAGUGCUCUCGUCUGCGUCCAAGCCAGUACAGGCGCGUGCCAGCAAGAGCCUCUUCCUAGGCGGCUCUGGAAAGGUACACCUCACUGCUAGCUUGCACCGCUCCACCUGGGUAGCUGGUCAACGUGUCUACGUCAACAUCAAUAUCAACAACGACACGAGCAAGAGAGUGAGUAAGCUCGCAUUGAUUAGUGAGAGCAGCGGGCGGCAGACAUAUUGACUCUGCCCUAAACCUCAGCUUAAAAACAUCACGCUAGCUUUGGUCCGCACCGUCGUGCUAUUCCGCCCACGACCUGAGCUCGACCUGGGCAAAUCGGUACCGGAUAAGCCACACGAAGCCUACGUCGAUCCGGAUGCUUGCAACACAGCCACCAGCAGAAAGAAGAUUAGCGAGGAAACGCUCGAGAUGGGCCAGAAGGGCACAAAGGGUUCCUUCACCGCAAAAGGCUGGUGGACCGGCGUCGAGGCCCACAAAGCUUUGGAAUUCUCCCACUACAUGCGUGUGCCUUCGGAUGCGCUCAGCAUUUCGCGAGGACGCCAUGUCGAGGUGACCUAUUCGGUCAAGGUUUCCGUCAGCAGUUCCUUGUCCGCUGAUGUUUCUGUGGAGCUUCCUUUGCGGGUUAUCAACUUCGUCUCUCUCGAUCCUCCUCCCCUCAAAGCGCCGAAGUGGAAGAACGGGGCGGACUGCAACCUCGCUCGAUCGUGGAACUCUAGCGUCGGUCCUGCUUCUGGAUCAUCGCCAGCUGCAGAUGCGCCCUUGAUUGAGCGGGUCCGCUCAGCCGAGGCGUUGCGAAGCCCUCAAAGAAUGGACUAUGGCCCUGCCUCCUCCCACUUACCCCUACCGUCAGCACGAGCUGAGCAACAAUAUCAGCAGCAGCAGCACUUGAAGCCACCCGAAGCAACGAGCGCCCGCCGCUUGCAGCACCAGAAAUCUUUAGACUUCAUCAAUCAUGCCAUCAGAAGCGCCACCGCUCGACGCGGUGGCGCUGGAGGCAUUUCCCAGAGCAAUCUGCCGAUGGGCCUGGGCAUCGAUGUUCCAGAAGGCGCAAACUCCGAAGGAGAGGCGGACAACUCCAGCCCUCAAGAUCGAUCGGGCGGCAGAGCCAGCUCUGGCUCAUCCGAAGAUGCCAUCGAUCCAAGCUGUCUUCCAUUCGACGCUCAGCAGCAUCAACAGAUGCAGCAAAUGCAGCACAUGAUCAUGCAGCAGCAGAUACAAGCCAUGGGAUACGGCGUGCCGGUCCCAUUGCUGCAAGUCGCUUCUGUGCCGCUCGACGAUGUCGAUGAUGACUCGGAUGAUGGACAAGGCUACGAAGAUGAGAGAGACCGUACGCUCAACCUCAAUGACGAAAGCGUCGAUGAAGUCCAGGAAGUCAUUGGCUCAGCUCAAUUGAGCACUCACUCACCAGACUUUGUCUCUUCUUCGAAUUACUACGCUUCUUCACUCGCUGCUACUAGCGUCGACGAGGCGGAUCUGUCGGAUGAGUCUAUAGAUGCCGAGGUUCCCUCUACUGAGACCCCGAGAGAAGAUGACGAGUAUGACGAGGAAGAGGAGCGGUUGCAAGCUCGCCUGACAAUCAUGCAGCAGCGCGAGGCAACGCGACUUCAGCAGGCUCAGCAUGGCCAAAUGGCUAACGCAGCUGUCAUCUCUGAGUCGCAACAGGCCACCGACUCUCGCUGUGACGAGGACGACGAUGCCCGUACGCCCAUCGCCCGAUCGCCGUCCAAGAUGGCACCUCUCAAGCACGAGGCUACUCCAAGCUCACAGGUGCCUGCGGCUAAACUUCAGCAGGAGCGCUCUCUUCCUCGCAAAGGCUCGAACUUGACGCGCACUUCCAACGUCAAGACAGCCUCUCGGCCUCCUUCGCCCAGCAAGUCAGCUCCAGCACCCACCAAGUCGGCUUUGAAAGGCAAGUCGAGCUUCACAUUCGCGACUGCGGACGCCCCACUCAAGUCAAAGUCCGCUACAGCCGGAUCCUCGUCUCUCACUGCUGGACCUGUGGCGCAUUUCAAGCUGCGUGCCAAAGUCGCGCCCUCGCAGAUGGCCGAGGCGAUCCAAGCUUCACCUUCAAAUUCAAGUCUCGCCUCGCCAAGAAAGACCACUGAGUCUCGCCGCCAGGCUGUGCCAGCCUCGCCCACCAAGGCCAACCUUCCCAAGACCCUCAAAAAGGACGAGCCCAACCAAGGCAAACGCCAGGUGUCAAACGCUCGGAGAGAGUCUUGUGCAAGCAGCACUGCCAGCAUCGACACGAGGUCUUCGUCACCGGCAUCGAGUGCAUCCGAAGCGCGAACGCCCGAAAGCGCUUGCGAAGAAUUGCCAUCAAGGAUCGUCGAUGACGCCGGAACGGCAGGGGUUGGUGAUGAGACCUUGACAGCUUUGCGCGCUCAUGUACCUCAAACGAAGCAAGUCAUUACUACUCCGACGCGCUCAAGCAGCGCCAUCCCUGAACACAGUCCUGCGAGGAGUAACUUGACGCCAUCACAAAGCGCCGACCGACUACAUCGGUCAGAGAGCACAAUGAAGCUGAGAGGCAGCUCUAUCGUCGUACCGUCCGUCCGUGACAAGAUUGCCAUGCUCGAGCAUCGCAAGACUGCUCUCCGCGAUUUCCGCGGCGAAAGCUGCUCUCCCAAUACAACCCCUACCAGAAACGCGGCGAGUUUGACGCCUGGAGGGACACCUGGCAGCGAAGGAAGAGUUGCGAGUGCGUCAGCAGCUCUAGUUGCUCGUACGAGUGGCUCUAGAGAGGGUGAAAUGGCGUCGUCGCCCAACAGCCACCGCAUACAGCGCAAGGGCAGCAUGCUCAGUGUAGCAAGCAACGCCACCGAGGCAUCUUCAGCGUCCAAUGGCCUCCGACGCGCCCCUAGCGUCAUGUCAUUCCGUGCUCCUCUCUUCAAGACCGAAAUUGCACCUCCUCUGCCUGGCAGUUAG